CCGCGCCUGCGCAGGCCGCCCCACCAUGGCGGCCGCCUGAGGGCCGUGGUGAGAGGCUCGGGUGUGACUUCGGGCUGCGGCCGGCAGCGGUAUUCCAUUGGCUCUGUGCACCACAGCUUCUCUGUCCGUUCAUCUGUCGCUGGCCAUCUAGGUUGCUUCCCUGCUCUAGCUACUGUGCUGCUGUCCAUGGUCACUGUGGAGCCCGGGCCCAUGGUCACCGGCUCCCGCACUGGCCAUGGACGAGAUCACCUUCAGAAGCGACACCGUGCUGUCAGACGUCCACCUGUACACCCCGAACCAGAGGCACCUCAUGGUGCGGCUGAACGGCAUGGGGCAGCCUGUCUUCCUGUCCCAGUUCAAGCUUCUGUGGGACCGAGACUCUCAGACUGACUCAGGGGCCAAGGGUGGUGACCACACAGAGGGGACCCCUCCCGCUGGCGCCGUCUGCAGCCGCACGGGGGCCUCCCUCCAGGCGGGGGCCGGCACCAUCACCCCAGAGGGGUUGGAGGCUCAGCUGGACGAGGAUGGGGACUUGGACGUCGUGAGAAGACCCCGGGCUGCCUCCGCCUCCGAGCCACCGGGGCCUCCGAGAGACAAGGUACAUCCCACGAUUCUAACACAGGAGGAAGACGACGUCCUGGGAGACGAAGCCCCGGAGAGCAGCCCCUACAAUGUCAUCAAAAUAGUUCUGUGCUCCAUCCCGACCCCAGCAACCGACACUAGAUUGCGUUCUGUGUUUGAGCAUACUUCGAGUGGAGUGUGGGAGCACACCAUGGCCACCCCCCUGGAGGAUGUUGGCAAGCAGGUAUGGCGGGGUGCCCUGCUCCUGGCAGACUACAUCCUGUUCCAGCGAGACCUCUUUCAGGGUCGCACCGUGUUGGAGCUUGGGGCGGGCACCGGGCUGGCCAGCAUCAUCGCAGCCACCGUGGCGCAGACCGUGUACUGUACAGAUGUCGGUGCAGACCUCUUGGCCAUGUGCCAGCGAAACAUCGCCCUCAACAGCCACCUGCUCGCCUCUGGAGGCGGUAUGGUUAAGGUCAAGGAGCUGGACUGGCUGAGAGACGACCUCUGCACGGACCCCGAGGUCCCCUUCAGCUGGUCCAAGGAGGACAUCUCCCACCUGUACGGCCACACCACCAUCCUGCUGGCGGCCGAAGUGUUUUACGACGACGACCUAACUGAUGCUGUGUUUAAAACCCUUUCCCGACUGGCCCAUAAGCUCAAGAAUGCCUGCACCGCCAUCCUCUCAGUGGAGAAGAGGCUGAACUUCACGCUGAGGCACCUGGACGUCACGUGCGAGGCCUACGACCACUUCCGCGCGUGGCUGCAGCGGCUGGAGGGGCUGGCCGGCGGGCGCCUGCGCUUCGCGGUGGAGCCGGUGGAUGCCACGUUCCCGCAGCUCCUGGUGUACGAGCGCAUCCAGCAGCUGGAACUCUGGAAGAUCUUUGUGGAACCAGUAACGGACCCCACCGUGUCUGUAGACACAGCUUCUCAACCAUUCUCAUGACAUUUCUAAUAAAAUUGAAAGCUCACAAAGUCA